ACCCAUUAAUCACAUCCUGCAGCCAGACGUUAUAGUGCAUGGGUAUCUGUCGCUGAGAUCAUGCAUAUCUCUGUUAUUUCACUCCUGUGUUUCGGGCUGGUCCUUGGAUCCUGCCAGGCCAGAGAUACUCGAGAGUUUUUACGAGAUUUACAGAGGGAAUUACGAGAUGAGCUUGCGAAAGAGGAGUUCGAGGAAUUCUUGGAUGAGCUUCAAAAGCCUGGAUCAUGCAGCUGUGAUACUAACUCCUGUUCCUGUUGUGUCAAUAUUCAUUUGAAGACUGACAUGCACGUUUGUGGGGUGGUAGCCUUUGAGGAAAAUAUAGAUGUUAACUUUUCCCUCCAACUCAACGGAGCUGUUGUUUUCACGGUCAAGAUCAAAGGUGUUAAGCCUCCUCCGGUAUGUAAGGACAUCAUGGGUUUCAAGGCGUGCGUCACCUUUGAGAACAUCACCAUUGAUUUAAAGGCUCACACAUUUUCCGGAUGUGCCUUCUUGAAAAUCAGCAAAGGUCCAGUGAUUGUGGCUCAUCACGAACUCGGCUGCUUUAAACUACCCCCAAAACUGAAGUACCGUUUACCCGACAACCAGACCAUCGGAUUAUAAUAGGACUGUCUCACUAAGGCAGUACAAUACGAAUUCCAUCUUCAAACAACGAACAAUUACACACCAAAACCAAAAUAUAAGUUUUUGUAAAGAUUUAAUCUUUUAUGUAAAUAUUUUGAAAAUUGACACUUCCAAUUGUGAUUCACCUUUAAAAGUAAUUAAACUGCAGUGCUAUAUA